AGCUGCAUUGGCAUCUCUUCAGUGACUGAAAUCCUCAGUCUUCAGAGCAGAUGCAACUGCAUAAACUUCCUUCUCCCCAUUUAUUUUUCUCCCCUUUCUGCAACUGCCAGGUCUCACCAGGAAGAUAUCCCAGGGCAGGGAGGCUUGUAGACUUGGCCAUUCUUCUGAGACAGGAAUGACCUGAUGACAAGGCUGCAGUGGGUUUCCAAGCUAAGGUCACUUAUUCCCUGAAGCCAAAGAUCUGCCAGCUCACUCCAUACAAGCUCUCAAACAACCACUGCAUGAGGAUGUCUGGAAUAUUUCUGUGUUUUGAAGAAACUUUCUACUCAGUCAAUGCGGGUCACUGUUCUCCACUUAAUCCCAACCCGCAGCAUCAAUCGCCUUGCAUAUAAUCUCCCAGAACAUCUGUGCUGUGAUUGCAUUGUGGAUUACAAAAUGACCAUUUUCCACAAAACAGCUGCUGAUCAGAGGGAUAGCAUUUAAUAAUCAUUGAGGAGGCAAGGGAGGAGGGGACAAGACAAAGGAGAGAGGGGUUUUGCAGCAAUUGGGUUUCUUGGAGGAUGUAGAGAUGAGCAAAACAGCAGACAAAGCGUGAGUCCCAUUUCUAUAUUGCUCAUCAUCAAAUUAACAGGACUUCGAAGACUUGCUGCUAAGAUGGAGCUGCUGAAGCAAUUGCAAUUGCACCGUACUUUCCUGGCUGUCGUCCUGAACCUGCUGGCUCUCACCCUCUCUACCACUGCCUUGCUUGGCAGCUACUGGUGCACCGGGACCCAGAAAGUGCCCAAACCUCUGUGUGGGAAGAGCAAAGCCACCCAGUGCAUCGGUGUCCCCAUGCCAUCUGAUGCAGAUGCUAGCAAUGCUUCAUCUGAGGAUGUGGUGCACUACAGCUGGGAGACUGGAGAUGACCGCUUUGCCUUCAAAUACUUCCACACAGGGAUGUGGCUUUCCUGUGAAGAGAGCAUGGAAGGGCCAGAAGAGAAAUGCCGCAGCUUUAUUGAGCUUUCACCACCAGCAGAGAGAGGAAUCCUGUGGCUGUCGCUGGGAUCAGAGAUGCUGUACAUCAGCUUGCUGCUCAUCAGCUUCAUCCUCCUCACGGUGGAAAUGCUGCAUACUGGCAAUCCUGUCUGUGGGAUGAAGCUCAAUGCCUUUGCUGCUGUCUCCUCAGUGCUGUCAGGUCUCCUUGGGAUGGUGGCCCACAUGAUGUAUACUCAAGUCUUCCAGGCAACUGUUAAUCUGGGACCAGAGGACUGGAGACCGCACUCAUGGGACUAUGGCUGGGCGUUCUACAUGGCCUGGGCCUCCUUUACGUGCUGCAUGGCCUCUGCUGUCACCACUCUCAAUACUUACACCAAGACGAUACUGGAGUUCAAAAGGAACCACAUCAAGGGCUAUGAUGGGAGCUUCAAGGAUCAGCCUCAGCACCACCAAUGCUUCCUACAGCAAAUAAGCAGCUACUAUGAGCCCAAAGGCAAGGCCUUCCUUUCAGUCUCUGAGGGAGUCGACUUCUACACUGAACUGCAGCAGAAAAUGCUACAGCGGGAACCAGACCUGGAGCUGGAUGAAGUCUUGGGACAGACGAUCGGGGAGGAUCGCUGUUAG